ACACCCCGUCAGGCUCAAUCCUCACUUUUAAAUUUUCCAGUUUAGAUUUUAUCAAUUAAGGUAUAGUGUUUCUGUUUUCUCCAUCAUGAAGAUGUUAUCGCUAGUGCUCAUCGUGAUCGCUUGUUUUUCAGUUGCUGAGUCCGCGUUCGGAGAUGGGAAAUUGUUAGCAAACCUUUAUAAAGAUAGACUUAGUAACGGUGAUGGUAUAACAGAGAUUUUUGAAGGUAUACUGAAUGAUCUAGUUCAGAAAGCGAUCCAGUGCAGAAAGGACAAUGCCGAUGAUAUUGCUAAUGUGAAUGGAGAUUUUGUCAAAGAAGUCGUUCAACGCUGGAAGGAUCAGACUCUGUUCAAACCGGAAGAUGAUACUGACCAAGGAGCAAUGAUAAGGAAGGCUAUUGCUGCGUAUAAAAACCAAGUAAACGGUGUCGAGGUUACAUAUGAGGAGGGUAGUGAGGAAGGUGCCAAAAUCAAAGCCAUGGUUGCUAAGAUCGCGGAAGUGGUGACCUGUUUAAAGGAAGCAGCGGCCACGAAAGUUGCUGCCGCCGGUGUACGAUUUCCCAAUUUGAGAGCACGCUUCAGAAAGAAUAAAGCUGCUGCUGAUGCCGCUGAUGUUCCUGAAUAAUCGAUAAACGACGCAAAAAUCCUUGCAUGCAGAGAGAGGACACAUCGAAGCACAAUUAGUAAUACUAACUACAAUAUUUACAACUUAGAGACUAAAAUUAGUAAACUUCUUGGUGAAGAAGACAAAUGAACAUAUAUAUACUAGAAUAUUCUAUACUAGAAGUAGAACUGAAUUUAAAUGCAUGAUAUGAAUGGAAUGAUUUUAAUUUUUAUAUUAUAUUAAGCUCGCAGAACUUUAAAUAUUGUAUUUUCAUUUUAUCCAACUCUUUUAAAUCAAA